AUGGGUAUUGAUCACGCUAGCAAGCAGCACAAGAGAUCCGGUCACAGAACCGCGCCAAAGUCUGACAACGUCUACUUGAAGUUGUUGGUCAAGCUGUACUCUUUCUUGGCUCGUCGUACCGAUGCUCCAUUCAACAAGGUCAUCUUGAGAUCGCUGUUCUUGUCGAAGACCAACAGACCUCCAGUGUCCAUCUCUGCCAUCGCGAGAGCCUUGAAGCAGGAGGGGUCUGCUAACAAGACCAUUGUUGUCGUCGGUACUGUUACCGCUGACAACAGAUUGUUCGAGUUCCCAAAGGCUACCGUUGCUGCUUUGAGAUUCACCGCUGGUGCCAGAGCUGCCAUCUUGAAGGCUGGUGGUGAGGCCAUCACCUUCGACCAGUUGGCUGUCAGAGCUCCAAAGGGUCAGAACACAUUGAUCGUCAGAGGCCCAAGAGCUUCCAGAGAGGCUGUCAGACACUUCGGUAUGGGUCCUCACAAGCGUAAGGCUCCAAGAAUCCUAUCUAAGGGCCGCAAGUUUGAGAGAGCCAGAGGUAAGAGAAGAUCCAGAGGCUUCAAGGUGUAA